AUGUCCACACCUUAUAGAAACUCGGCAUCCGCUCGUGUUCCUUGCACCUCCUUGCAUUACGAGCAUGAUGAUCGCUACUGGCUAGCCCAACACGAAAACUCCGGAAAGUACAUGAAACUAAGCCCCGAUAAAUUUCUGGAAACUUUCCUGCCCGUACCCAAAGGUAUCAUGGAGUUUAAAGAGCUCACGAUAUCAGACGAUGCGUUGGAAAAGAUGUCAACAUGCGGAGCUGAAAUAGACAUGUACCCAACCCUCGUGGCCGCUUUUGAUGCGUACUCCCUUGGAUUGGAGUUUUGGCAGACUUAUAAGCAUCCUGCACACGUCCCGUAUGGGAAACAAGAUGUGGAGAUCAAACCCGACAUUUCAGUUUAUCGCCGCCGCGUUGGUCAGAUACCAACCAUUCCAGAAGCUGCUUCUGAGAAGCCGACCAGUUUAGAGGCGGCCUGUUCUCAGCAGCAAACCAAAGAAGCUCCUUCUGUACCAGCUCCUUUAGAGCAGCAAACCGAAGAAGCUCCUCCUGUACCAGCUCCUUUAGAGGAGGCCUGUACAGGUUCUCAGCAGCAAACCAAAAACGCUGUAAAACCUCCGAAAAUAGCGCGAGUCAACCUUGAAGAAGUCGAAAUCAUGAUUGAGGUCAAGGUCCGACCCGCAGACGACGCCUUCUCAGACCGUACGAGUACAUUCGAAGCGAGUUCAAUUCAAGGGCGAGGCACACGCGGACAGAUUACGAUGUACGCGACUGCACAACUCGCUCUACAACAACGUACCCAUUGCUUCUCCGUCCUGGUGAUAGGUACCUUCGCUCGACUUAUUCGCUGGGAUAGAUCGGGUGCUAUUGUCACCGAACGAUUCGACUAUACACGGUCUUAUUGGUUGCAUAAAUUCCUCCACCUAUACCAGUACGCAACUCCGAAAGUUCGUGGCAUCGACACUUCCGUGUACAGUCUCGGUGAUUGUGACGACGCACUCAUUCGGGCUUCGGAACAGCUGGCGCGAGACCGGCUUAACCUCCCCCACGAGCCGCUAUACGUCUUCGAAAUCUAUGACGAUACCACACGCAAUGUGAGACGGGUUAUUGGGUCCAAACCUUUUGUCAGGAACACCAGCUCUCUCACUGGGCGAUGCACUCGCUGUUACAAAGUGUACGAUCCCAAAGAUGAAGGGGUUCGAAUCUUGAAGGAUACGUGGAGGAUCUCUGCACUAGGUGUCUUGGGGGAGGCCGUUGCAUACUCCAAGUUAAAGGCAGCUGGAGUACGCAACAUCUUGACGCUCGUCACUUCCGGGGACGUCCGUUACAGAGGAUCUGAAGACUUUCAGGCCACACAGUCUCACUAUUAUCAUCACACUGAUUCUGAAAGUCCACUCAACCAGUUGAGAGGUCACUACCAUUGUCGUCUGCUCUUUAUGGAGUGUGGGGAGGACCUCCUCAAGUGCAAAACUGUUGGGAUAAUGAUAUCUGUGAUCCGCGACGCUCUAAUUGCUCACAAGGAUGCGUACGAAAAGGCUCGCAUUAUACAUCGUGACAUCAGUCCCGGGAACAUCAUCAUGUUGGAUGGCAAGGGGUUUCUCAUUGAUUGGGACGUAGCUAAGUUCGUCAGUGAUACAACCGCUCGUCAAAACGAGAGGACGGGUACAUGGCAAUUCAUAUCGGCAAGGCUGCUUAUGGCGACAGAUCCGACACUACAUGUGCUUGCGGACGAUCUCGAAUCCUUCUUUCACGUUCUCUCAUGGCAGAUCUUGAGGUACACCAAACACUUUCUGGGUACGGGGAAGUUGAUUCGUCACUUGAGAAAAGUGUACGAGGAAGUCGAGGAAGUCGAUGAAGAUGAAGUCAAUUCAGGUUCCCAUGUUCGUCCAAACGGUGGAGAAUCCAAGUGUCAGGCGUUGAGUAACCAAUUUAUGAAGUCUCUGCAGGUUCCCAACAAGUUCCUUCAUACUCUUUUGGUUGACCUGGAGGAGGUACUGCGAAUUCGCUAUGUAGAGGAACCAGAGAAGAAAGAACAGGAGGAGGUGGACCAGAUCGAACUGCAGUUUUUUCAUGCAUGGAUGGAUCGGUCGGAAAACUUGCGAGAAUUACGAGCCGCGUUUACUGUGGCUAGCAAUAUGCGGGACACCUGGUUGCACCACAACAAGCUCGUCAACUCCUUGAAAGACCAUAACUAUGUUCUAGCCUGCUUCAAUCACGCGAGCGAUGCGAAGGAUAAAAUGCCAGAAAACCUCAAGUUGAAGCAGGCAGCGCAACUCUACGUCGAGCCCCCUUCCAUUAGGAAGAGGAAAGUUGAUGGCUGUUCUAAUAGUAUGGAUGUCUUUACACACUGGAACAAGAAGGCGAAGUUGGAACCUGAUGAGUUCUGA